UUUCUAAACACGGCCGCCGCCCCUGUGACUGACUCCAAUUUCUUGAACCUACACCACGGCCCUGGCUUCUGAUCUCAGCGCCUGUGUCUUCUCCUGACACGUUGUCUUCAGGGCAGCUGGCCUAUGGCUAACUCCACGGAGGCACCUGAGGACGACUAUGACGUGCUCAUCGAGGAUGGUCUGAAUGACAACCCAGUGCCUCCUCCCUGCCAGCAGUACAACGCCAGCAUCCUCUCAGCCCAGCUGGUCCCCCAGCUCUACUUGUCGGUGUUCAUGGUGGGUCUCCUGGACAACAUGUUGGUGGUGCUCGUCCUGAUGAGAUAUAAAGGACUCCGACAUGUGGAAAACAUCUACUUCCUCAACGUGGCCAUUUCCAAUGUGUGUUUCUUGCUGGCUCUGCCAUUCUGGGCUCACACAGCCGGCCACGGGGGGCUUCUUGGCAACUCCAUGUGUGCCGCCGUCGUGGGCUUCUACUCCUUGGGGUUGUACAGCCAGGCUCUUGGCAACAUCCUUCUGACUGUGCAGAGGUACCUGGUGGCUUUCAACAUGAGAUGCUCCCCGGCUGCCAGGACGGUGCCCUGCGGUCUUGUCACGAGUGCUGUGGCCUGGGUCACUGUCAUUCUGGUCACUUUGCCUGAAUUUCUAUUUUACAGGCCUCCCAGGGAAGGUCAGGGAAAUGUGUGCUCAUUUCGCAGGCCUCCCUUCCUGCCUGCUGAGGAGCCAUUCUGGAAGCAUUUUCUGACCUUGAAGAUGAACAUCUUAGGGUUUCUCUUCCCACUAUUUACUUUUGUGUUUUGCUACGCACGCAUGAGGAAAACAUUAUGGGACAAUGAGAGAAGGUCUGACCUCUUCAAGCUUGUCUUUGCCAUCAUGGUGGGUUUCCUUCUGAUGUGGGGGCCCUACAAUAUUGCACUUUUUCUGUCUACGUUCCGAGAAUACUUCUCUCUGGGUGACUGCCAGACCACCUUCAAACUGGACAAGGGGGUUCAGGUAACAAAACUUGUGGCCGCCACUCACUGCUGCAUCAACCCAUUCCUCUAUGUAUUUCUGGACAAGGCCUUUAGGACACACUUCUGCCACCUGUGUAAAGCUUCUCCACAACAGGCCUGCCCGGAACCUGCACAAGACACCUCCCAGGAAGAAUCCAACUGUUCCUCUCAUGUCUAAAUUAGCUCUCUACGGACCAGGGAGGGGAUGCAAGCAGUGGAGCAUAUGC